AUGUUAUCUACAAAUUUACGUUCGGCGGCGCUUCUAUGCCUUCCACUUGUGGCCCUAGCAUCCCCGCUCCCGAGCUCUCAGCAAAUCCCAUUGGAUGCUCAAAGUAAACUCGAGAAAGCUGGCCCGCUCAGCUAUCAGUCUACCGGCCGUUUUCCAACCCGCAUUCCAGGAAUCUCCAAGUCUCUCUUCGAUGAGUUCAAUGACCUUGCCAAGAUUUCUGAUAUAGCCAACUGUGUCGAGUCCCCCGAGGGGAUCGAGUAUCCUUUCAAGUGUAACUCAUUCUGCAAGGAGUUUCAGGGACUCGAAUUGGUGAUGCAGUGGAACACCAACGACGACGGCCUCGCCGAGCUUGGUGAGGAUACACACGGGUACAUUGCAGCUGAUCACGAUGGAAAGAAGAUCUUUGUUACGAUGGCGGGUAGCCGCAGCACCAGCUUGACCACGGAGACCGUGGAUUAUGACCAUGCCUGUCCUGGGUGCAAGGUCCAUGAAGGCUUCCAUAAAGGAUGGGAGGCUCUGAAGGGACCCAUCAAGCAGGUGGUGAAACAGUAUUUUGAAGCUAGAGAUCUUUUCCAGACGGUUGUUAUUGUUGGAAGCCAGGGGGGAGGUGCUGUAGCGACUCUGGCUGCUGCAGACUUCGUUUCCAUGGGAUGGAACACCGAACUUACUACGUUUGGGCAGCCAAUGGUUGGGAAUGAUCGAUAUGCGCAAUUUCUUGCCGGGAAAUUUACCCCUUCGACUUAUCGACGGGUGACCCAUAUUUCAGACCCAACUCCCAACUACCCUCUUACUGAGGAUAAGGUUGGCUUCUCUCAUUACGAGCCAUCCUUCUUCAUCUCGAAGCCUUUUGCUCCUUAUGUACCCUCCGACAUCCUUCCGUGCACCAACAUCUCAGAUCCCCAAUGUGUCGUUCCCCUCCCUCUCGCUCCCACCACGGCCCUGGUCCCCGCAGACUACUUCCAUCACUCGGACACCUGUGUAGCCGGCGAACUAACCUCCCUGUUUUCUUUGUUCACAAUCGAUAUCCUCGACUUUGGGCUCAUCAGCGACCUGCUGUUCAAGGACAAAAGAUCCAUCCUUGAUACCGGUCUCAACCCUAACCAGGACAUCUUCGUUGAUCUACCAGGACCUGUCGCCGACCACGAAAACUUCGUUGAUUUACCAGGAGUUGGGGCCGAGCAGGGCAUCUUCGUUGAGCUACCGGGGUUUGGGGCCGGCCACCGCCUCAGCAAACGCAAGAUUACCGGGUCUGGCGACGAUAAGGCGACCCCGGAUGCCGACACCGAGACCGUUGUCGCCGACUCAAAGUUCAAAAAGACCUUUGCAAUGGUCGAGAAGCCAAAGCCUGUUCCCGAGAGCGAAAGGGAGCCCGUCUAUGUCCCCGAGUACGAGGACAAGGAGAUUUACUCUGCCAUGACAGGUUUCUCAAAGGCCCAGUCAAUGUGGAUCAAGCCCCAACCUACCCCAGAGCACGCAGCAGCGGAGAAGAAUAAGCGCAGUAAACUCUCUGAUGACAAUGCGGAGUUUGAGUCCCCUGCGCUCAAGAACGCUAUUGAGAUGUUGGAUAAGCCUGCACCGGUCCCGACUGAGUAUGAGGAUAAGGAGAUCUACGAUACUAUGGAUGGUUUUGAUAAGGCCCAGAAGAUGUGGAUUAAGAAGCCACAGGGUGUUGCGAGUAAGCAGAAGAUCUCUGAUGAGUUCUUUGAGGACCAGAUGCUCCCUGAGUCAAAAGAGAUUGAGAAGAGAGAUAUUAUAUCUAUCAGCCCUGUGACAAUCUUGCAAGGCUGGACUGGAAUGAGCCAGGGGACCAUGCUCAAGAACAUCGACCUCGACCAUAGAAACAUGCAGCAGACCACCCUCGAGAAACGUCACAGCACCCAUAGCACUCACAGCGCUAUAAUAGGCGAGCCUGUGAACAUCACCGAAGCCGCCAUCGAGAAGCGCGGCUUCGACCGCGCUCUCCGCUUCUUCAAUGCCCCCAAGGACGUCCUUGGGGCCCAGCUCGCUGCAAAUCAGGAGAGCGCUGCCUACAACGCCCAACAGCGCGCUCUGGCUGGCGGCAGGACCGACAGCGAAUCCGGAGAGAACAUCGACCCGGAUGAAGACUACUUCCACAAGGGCGGGUCCGUCCUACUCCUUAAUGGACGCCCCCUCGAAGUCGACGGCCACCCAGUCCUUUUUGAGCCCAAAGAAAAGGAGGUACACCCCACACCCGCACCCGCACCUGCACCUGCACCUGCACCGGCCCAGAAGCGCUCCGUAAUCCCCGCACAAAAAGGUGCGCGCGGCCCCGGCCUCGGCAUCAAGAAGGGUGGUCUCCGCCGCGGUGACAAAGACUGCGAAAAGGUAACCAAGCUUCAGAGCGCGCCAGGCGACACCCGCUCCGUCUCUGAAGUCGGCGGGCUCGCAAACGCGUUCCCGGCUUCAUUCGGAGAAGAGGUUGUUAAUGUCCAGAAGGGCCGCAACGUCGUCUUAAUGAACGGCCAGCCCAUGCCUGCCAAUUUCGCACAGAAGUCGGUUUAUGGCGAUGACCUGCCCGGUGCUGCCGACGUCCCUGAGGAAGAUAAUGAUGAAAAGUCGUUUUCCCGCGAGCAGAUGCAGAAGGAUCUUCCGAGCUUGAAGGAUAUGUGGACCAAGCACGAGAAUUCCGGUGCUCCCGUCACUACCAUCGAGGUGGAAAGCCAGGAGUAA